GAUUUCGGAUUCACUUCAUCACUCACCUCAUAGCACAAAGUACGUUUUUAUAUACUAAACCUCACAGCCACAGCAGGCAGUUUGUUUUCUUGUUACUUAUACCUCGAGGAAAUCCUGAUUUCUCUUUCAAAGAAGAAAUAAGAUUAUUUUCCUUUCACCAGAAGUACUAGUAUAUUUGUAUUUAUGUAAUUAAGUGAAUAAUGAGCGAAAUUUGGAAUUUGAGUGCUAUAUGCCGCUGCUGCCAUUCUGAUGGACAUUUCAAAAGCCUCAGUCGCUCUUAUGUUGUGAACAAUGACGUGGAAAUUUACUCCAGCAUGUUGCGAGACACGUUCGGGAUCAUAAUCAACGCCCCAGCAGGUGACAUCAGCUUCGCCAUCUGUGACCUCUGCAUAAACAGUCUCCGGCGUGCCACACAGUUUAAAAAACAGGUGCUGAUCUGUGAAGCCAAGUUUGAGGAGUAUUGCAAGAAUGAGGAGGCACAACAAAUACAGGAUGAUAUAAAAAUUGAAAUGAGCUCUAUAGAUGGUGAUGACUAUGAAUUGGACAGAGAUGAUUUCCACAACGGAUUUGAAGAUACUAAAUGCGAGAUAAUUCCAUCUGAAGUUAAAACUGAAGAGAAAAAAUUAGUUAAAAAGGAAGAUAUAAAACAAGAAGAUGACGACGAAGAAAAGAAAACAACUUCCGUCAGACAAAAGAAAAGUAAAAACAAUGCAAUACCGGUGACACGGAAAUACAAAAAUACGGAAUAUUUUCACGAAUCAGGUGGCGGUUUUUCGUGUAAAAUAUGCGGAAAGAAGUAUGUAUAUCUACAGACUAUGAGAAAACAUCUGGCGUCCACACACCAACACGAAGACGUGACAUGUAAAAUAUGCGACAAAGAGUUUGUGAACUGCAAAGAGAGGACAUUACACAUGGCAACACAUAAAAGUAACGUCUACACGUGUCCCCAUUGUGAGAAAACUUAUCCAUUAAAUAGAAAAUACAGUUUUAAACGCCAUUUAAACUCGCACACGAAGGAGUUGACAUUCGAAUGCGAUUAUUGUAAUAAGACAUUUUUGCACAGGCGAUCAAUUUUGAAUCAUAUCAAAUCUGUACAUUUGGGUGAGAAAAUUAGGAAGGUUUUGUGCGACAUAUGCGGGCACGGGUUCAACGAUGUGACCAACAUGCGAAAACACGUGCAAACAGUCCACGAGAAAUUGAGACCUUACAAAUGUAAUCUUUGCCCGAAGGAUUUCGCCUCGAAAAAGUAUUUGAUUGUACAUGAGAGGAAACACACGGGCGAAACACCAUAUGCUUGUGAUUCGUGUAACAAAUCGUGUACGUGUUCACAGGAGCUAAGGAAACACACACUAACCGCUCACAGUGCGAUAAAAAUUACAUUUACAUGCAAACUGUGCAAAGUUGAAUUCAAUUCUCGUAGCACUUUGAAAAGGCAUAUGAAAAGUCACGACGGUUCGAAGCCGUUACUAUGCCACAUAUGUAACAAAGAUUUCUCAUGUAAAUACUCGCUCAGGAGACAUAUAUCGUAUCAUAACUCAGAGAAGAGAUUUCAGUGUAGUGUGUGCCUUAAGAAAUUUACCGAAAAGGCGUCACUCAUACGCCACAACGAACGGUUCCAUAGCGGCAAAGUUGUCGAAAAGAAACAGUGUCAUUUAUGUAAAAGACAAGUUACCAAUCUAGACGAUCAUUUAGCUAUACAUAAUGAGAAGGCGUUCAGCUGUGAAUACUGUUCGAAGCGUUAUUCCAAAGGGAACGCUCUCAACAGACAUAUUGCUAAUAUACAUUUUGGGAGAAAAGCACAUCCGUGUGAUUUGUGCGAACAGAAAUACGUAAAUUUGAGCACUUUGUUGAAACAUAAACUGAAAGUGCACAAAAUUGAGUCUAAAAUUGAAAAAGACGACGGCGCGGACGAUUGUCUUACUUAAAAUGACCUUUUUAAUAUUUGAAAGGAUAUUAAUAGAUAUUUGUAGUAGGUAAUAUAACCAAUACACAACUACGUGGAGACGGAAAAGUUGGAUUGCGGACCCUGGGCUCCGACGCUCAACGGCUGAGGAAGUGACCGUGACAACGCUCAGAUAAUAAGAGAGAGAUCAAUUGUAAUAAUAAUUAUGGGAAUGGCCCGCAUUGCCAAAUAUAUUGAAGCCAAACAUUUUUUCCAAACGAUCCUUGCCGCAGACAGAGAAAGUUCACACACCGUCCUAGAGUCGUGUCUAACGAAUCGUCGUGACACAAUAAAACCGCGGGAAAAAGUAUUUUAGUUGUUAACACUGAAUAUAUUACGAAAUAUCAAUUUGACACUUUCAUUAUUUAAUCCAUACUAAUAUUAUGAAGAGGUAAGCGUUUGUAUGUUUGAGACGGGUAAUCUACGAAGCUACCGAACCGAUUUCAAAAAUUAUUUCACCAUUAGAUAGGUACAUUAUCCGAGAUUGCUAUAGACAUAUUUUUGUUUUGAAAUAAAUCAGUUUUCAUACAGAACAAUCAACACUUAUAAAGUAAUCUAAAAAAAAGCGCUAAUGAAAAUCUUUACGCGCGUGCGCUGGCCUUACCAUUGAUGCAUACAAUGUACUACAAAACUAUAGGUUUUUAGGUUGCAUUUUGGCAAUUAUUAUUACACAAGCAUAUUAAUACUUAUUAUUAAAAGUUAUUCCAUCAUCAAGAUAAUUUCACGAAGAUGAAUUUUGUCCUUUACAGCACAUAAAUUGGAUUAAUAGAUUCUGAAAUAUCGUGAAAUUAAAAAAUCCGCACGCCGAAUUAUUUGAAGUAGGUAACUAGAUACUUUUAUAUUGUUGAACGGCACGCGGCGACGCGACUCGCGCUGUAACGCAGGUGUGCACAGCGCGGUCACAGCCCGCAACGAAACCGUAAGAUUUUUACAUGAUACUUAUGUGCAUUAGGUAAUUUUAUUUAUUUUCGUUGUAUUCAUACUGUAGGAAUAUUGUAGUUUUGUGAUAAAAUAAACUCGUGAUUUUCGGACAACUUGAAAUUUUAUUGGCGGCAAAACGAACGCUACAAAGUGACAGAUGGCAAUAGACAUUCAGUCAUAGAUAAACAGAUACUACUACUGGUUGGUUGCGUUUCAUUUCAUCCAACACAUACAAAGAUUGCUAUCAGUUGUCUGUAGUACUCAUACUAUCGUGUCUAACGUUCUUUUCAGAACGACUUCAUCUGUCUACCACUGUCGGCGUCCAGUGUUCGCUUCCCUAAUUUUUCUGCUAUUAUUAUUGUGUAGUGCAGGAUCGAUGCCGCCAUUUUCACAAAUACGCCCUCUGUCAAAAUUCAAAAUACUAUCUGAUUUGUUUCUCCGUGAUUUUUAUACCAAUCCUAAUAUUAUAAAUGCGAACGUAAGUUUGUUUAUUUGUUUCCUUGUUACCUCUUCACGCUAAAUCUACUCGACCAAUAAUCUUGAAAUUUUACAUUUAAUUUGAAGUAUCUACGGAGAAAAACAUAGGUUAUUUUUCAUCCCGGAAAAAUGACUGUUCCCGUGGGAAAAUUACGCGGGCGAAGCCGCGCGCAAAAACUAGUUAUAUAUAAAUAUACUAGGAUGUCUAAGAAUCCUUGACUAAAUUGAGAUUUAGUGUGUAGCAUAAUUACGUAAUCUUUACGUAAUUUGAAAAAUAUAGACUAUACUAGUCUAUAUUUUUUUCAAAUCCCAGCACUACCGUAGUAUGUGAACGCAUCUUUGAUUUCAACGUCAUCUAAGCCAACUAGAAAUAAUUGGGCGUAAUUUACUAAAAACAAUAGUAACAUAAAACGGGAAAUUAGAAAUUAAUAAUCGGACAUAUAAGAUUUUAAUAAAUACGCUGUGACACGACUCACUAGACAAGACUAUCUUCCAUUUCGAUCAUAUAAGAAAGAUGCGCGUAUUAGAAACACGUGAGAAGAAACGAGACAGAGCGCUGGCAUCUUUUGUCCCUCAUCACGUGUCCCGCCAUUUUGUAUGAGAUUAGACGGAUCAGGAAAUUGUAUGUAAAUCUUUUAUAUAACACUCCUACAUAGUCUAAUAGUUUUUAGGUGUUCGGUCCUAGCUAAAUGAUAUUUUUUAUCUAUUUCCGAAAAAUAUAAAACAAAAUGAAGUUUACGAAUAUCUAUUAUCUUUUUAUAAUCUCAAAAUUGUUCAGUUGAAAUGUUUAAAGACUUUUAUUAAAUUAUGAUCUUGAAUAAAUAAUAUAGUUACCGUUUUAA